UAUCAUUCUGCAGCUAUACUCAGUACAAACCGUGUUUUAGUGGAAACAUAACCUUAAAUUUGUGUAUUUGUAUUAUUAUCUAUAGUUUUGUAAAAUUUUUGUGUUGUAUUUAUGAGGAAAUCUGACAAGAUUGUGUCCAGAACAGCUCAGAAAGAAUCAGUCAUGAGCGUCUAAGUCAAAGAAAUAUCAGAAAAAGAAAAGAAAAGGAAAGAAUCCGACGAAAAGAUAAGUGCUCAAGAUAACGAACUUAAGAAAGAUGUGGACGAAGAAAAUAUUGCUAAUAAUACUAGUUAUAGAGACUAAAAAUGCUGUGACUCAAGGGAUAGUGGGGAAUCCUUUACUACAAGCGCACCCGUGUACAGAUAACGAUAAAAUCACCCUGUCAUUUGAGCCAAAUUUGCCACCGGAAGAAGAAAAUCAAUACCAUGUGUACAUAAGUAUACCGAUCUCAUCGCAUUCGAAAGUGUACCUUAAGUUCGAUUCAGAAGCAACUGUCAGGCUGUUUGAUCCAUCAGUUGCUCGGAUAACUCCGGAAAACGCCCAAUUUAGGAUACAUUUCUUUAAAAAUGCCGAUAAUCUUAAUUUCAACGUCAGAGGUCCUGUUAACGGGACCAUUCCAUAUUUGACGAGUGUUAAUAUAAACGGGGUUGAGAACUGCAAGAAUUAUACGACGGGUUUCCUAGACUACUUGAUUUCAGGAUACCAAGACACAGCAGAAGUACACCUGACUGUCCCAGACGCUUCGUGUGGAAGACGCAAGAUCCAAUAUACCGAAUUGAUAACCAACGGUUUGGAGACCAAACCUGGAGAUUGGCCAUGGCAUGUGGCUCUUUACCGACUUGAGAAUGCAGAUAUCAAAUACAUUUGUGGAGGAACGCUUAUGUCCAAAACUUUUGUCAUCACAGCUGCCCACUGCACAACAAUAAGAGGAUCGCCAGUAUUACCAGAAACUUUAAGUGUGGUACUUGGAAAAUACAAUUUGAUAGGUGGAGACAUUUCCAGGCAAGAGAAAGAGGUCCAUGAAGUGAUAGUACAUGAGGAGUUCACGGCAAAAAAUUUGGACAACGACAUCUCACUGCUAAAGCUGAAGACGGAAGUGCAGUUCAACGAUUACAUCCAGCCGGCGUGCCUGUGGUUUGGGGACCUGCAGAAGAAACUACCUAAGGGAGACAUUUAUGGAACAGUUGUCGGCUGGGGUUUCGACCAUACAGACCGACUGUCAAGUCAGCUGCGUCAAGCUACCAUGCCCAAAGUGUCAGAGUCUACUUGCAUCAAGAGCAAUCCCGUAUUCUUUGGAAAAGUGCUAAAUAACCGCAAGUUUUGUGCCGGCACGCUAAAUGGAACAUCAGCCUGUAACGGCGACAGUGGCGGUGGAUUCACAGUCUUCGUGCCUGAUUCUACCUCCUCCAACACGGACGGCGCCUGGUACAUUCGAGGCAUCGUCUCUCUCAGUCUAUCCCGCAAAGACAUAGCCCUAUGCGACCCCUCUUCCUAUGUGGUAUUCACCGAUGUUGCGAAGUAUAGAGGGUGGGUGAAGAAAUACGUCAAGUAAUUUAUGUGACCCUGAUACUCGCCUUAUGGUUGUGAAUGAAAAUACUCGAAUUAAAAACUUUUUUACACGA